UUUAUACAGGGGUCUGUAAUGUAUUGCUGCAUAUGGGCCAAGUGAAAGAAGUUGACUGGGCCAUGACUUGACCAGGGCAGUUUUUACUAUGUGGGAAGCACGACAGCCUCGCAGUGAUCCCCAGGUUCCAUUUCGCUGAACUUAUUUUGGUGUCUGACUUUGUUUUUGUCCCCUGUGAGCAACAGUGAAACAAGGGGAUCAGAUGACACUGAGAGUUGCUGUGAUUACAGGGCCGUCAGCAAGUGGACGACGCAGGUUUCCACUGAGAAAGCAGGUCAGGGGGGCUUCUCGUGCUCCAUUAGCCCGCCGUUGUGGUGUUUAAGACUAAAUAUUUCCUGGUGUCUUUAGUUCUGUCUUGAGCGAAAGUAUGGCGUGUGCGCAGCUGAUUUCCAGGGAGUAAGCAGACACAGCCUGUCAGGACGCGGUGUGGUUGGUGUCCAGUAUGUCUCUGCUUCUCAAAGCUGGGCUGGUGGUGUUGAUAGCAGUUCAAGUCCUGCCUUCGGUGUUUGCCUGCAAAAGAGGCUUCUACGAGAAAGUGAUCAAUGGUUUCUGCCUGGAAAACUUCAGAUUGGAUAUGGAUGGAUUGGAUCAAAGCCUGUGGUGCAGCUGGCUGGACACAAUAGGGAUAUAUGAGGAAGUGACUAACUGCACCUUCCAGGUGGCCUUGUUGUCGGACUGCUUCUGGCCCAAUGAGAUAGUGGACCGCUUCUUCGUGCACAUUCACAAGACGUACUUUCACAACUGUGCCUUGACGGGGCGGCUCCUUCAAGACCCACCACUCAGUAUCCUCACCCCAUUUAUCGGCAUCCCUGUUCUGAUCACUUUGCUCAUGACUGCCCUGGUGGUGUGGAGGAGCAAGCGCACCGAGGGGGUUUUAUAGAACUCUUAGGCCCAAGGCUCCAGGGAGUGCCAAAAAGUAGACUCUUUGUGUUUACGCUGUACACUUGUGUGAUUCUUUUGGAUAAUUUGAUGUAUUUUGUCUUGCUACGGAAUAAAUUCUCAAGUUUUGUCAGAAUAGUAGUGAUCUGUAUCAAAAAUUUUACCACAGUAAUAUCAGCGCAAUAGAACAUU